GGUGGGAGAUUUACAUUCCUGACUCCUGCGGGAACUACGGCCAACAAUUGCAUCUCCAGCCCCUCAUUCUCCAUUGCGUUGGCCAGCCACUUGAGCAGGAAUGCACCAUUCCCUUACGCCGCCCAUGGAGUAUAUCUUCUAGCAGUUUCUUGUGACUUUUUUUCUCUAACGUAUCACCAUCCAAUCAGUACAACAUACCUCAAACAUCCUCCCAAAUAUACUAAAAGAACAUGGGCAAGGGCGGGAAAGGCCCCAAGGGCAAGAAGAUCACCCUCAAAGUGGCCAAGAAUUGUAUCAAAGUCACAUUUGAUGGGAAAAAACGUCUUGACUUGAGCAAGAUGGGAAUCACCACCUUCCCCAAGUGUAUUCUGAGACUCAACGAUGUGGAUGAACUUGAUCUUAGCCGGAAUUUGAUCAGGAAACUCCCUGAUGCAAUAUCCAAGUUCCAGAACCUGCGUUGGCUGGACCUGCACAGCAACUACAUAGACAAGCUUCCCGAGUCCAUUGGCCAGAUGACCUCUCUGCUCUACCUCAAUGUCAGCAACAACAGGCUGACCACCAACGGGCUGCCAGUGGAGCUCAAUCAACUCAAGAAUAUCCGCACUGUGAACUUUGGCUUGAACCAUCUGGAAAGUGUGCCAACCACACUGGGCGCUUUGAAGGAGCUCCAUGAGGUGGGCCUUUUUGACAACCUGCUGAGCAGCAUCCCAAAUAGCAUCUCCAAGCUCCCCAAGCUGAAAAAGCUCAAUGUAAAGCGAAACCCCUUUCCCAAGGAAGAGGAGUCAACUGAGUUCUUAGAUUCCAUCAAGAGGUUAGAGAACUUAUAUCUGGUGGAGGAAAAGGAUCUGUGUGGACCUUGUCUGAGAAAAUGCCAACAAUCCCGGGAAAGGCUGAACAAAAUCAAGAACAUGGCCGCAGUGACACCGAGAAAAGCCCUCUUUUCCAAUUUGACCUCACCCAACUCCACGGCCAAGGAAUCUCAGGAAGAAUGGAGGAUACGUUCGCCUGUACGCUCGUCAGUUACCGCCCUAGGGUAGCUAAAAGGCAAAAAUUUGAAGACAAUCAGCUAACAAGAAUAAACAACUCUGAAGAAGAAAAGCCUUCAGUUAGGAGAAGAAAGAGAGUAGCAAGGAGAACAUUCUGGAAGCCCAUGUUGUUUUGGUGCUAGCCGAGUCACUGACUCCCUUCUUAAAUACACUUUGUCUCUCUUUAACUUAAAGGUGAUAUAUGUAUGAAGAUGACUUUGGGAAAUGCUCAUUUUAUUUUUUAAUGUAUAUAGAGGGAAUAUUUUAGAAAAUGAUAUAUGUUAUAUACAAUUAAAAGUUUAAAAGAAGACUUUAAAUCUU